GACCGCUAAUCCAGGAUGUGAAUGUUUCGUUUAGUCCGUUCAACUAGCAAAGAUGUUUACAAUACAUAUAUCCCGCAUUUUUAUUCUUAGUUGCAGUGACCAUGAAGAAAACAACUAGAUGAAAGCCGUAGACGUUUAUCUCUCGCUUUGUUUGCACUUUGCAUGAGCAGUGGGGAUUGAAUGGUCACUGAUUGCUGUCCUCGGUUGGGAUUGCAGAUUGGCCUGUCAGUGUACUGCUGUUACAAUCAUGUUUAUUUCAUAAAGAUGGCAACGAGGGGAACAUUAUAAACUAAAUGACUGUCAGAAACAUCGCCUCCAUCUGUAAUAUGGGCACCAAUGCCUCUGCUCUGGAGAAAGACAUUGGUCCAGAGCAGUUCCCCAUUAAUGAACACUACUUUGGAUUGGUCAAUUUUGGGAACACGUGCUACUGUAACUCAGUGUUGCAGGCUCUAUAUUUUUGCCGGCCGUUCAGGGAGAAUGUGUUGGCGUAUAAAGUCCAGCAGAAGAAGAAGGAGAACCUUCUCACCUGUCUGGCUGACCUCUUUCACAGCAUUGCCACGCAGAAGAAGAAGGUGGGCGUGAUCCCUCCAAAGAAGUUCAUCUCACGUCUGCGGAAGGAGAAUGACCUGUUUGAUAACUACAUGCAGCAGGACGCCCACGAGUUUCUAAACUACUUGCUGAACACGGUGGCUGAUAUCCUGCAAGAGGAGAAGAAACAGGAGAAACAGAACGGGCGACUAAAGAACAACGGCACUGCCAUUGCCACGGACAAUGAGCCAGAACAGAACAAGGCCGAGCCCACCUGGGUUCACGAUAUCUUCCAGGGCACGCUGACCAAUGAGACGCGCUGUCUCAACUGUGAGACGGUCAGUAGCAAGGAUGAAGACUUUUUGGAUUUGUCUGUAGAUGUUGAGCAGAACACUUCAAUAACACACUGUCUCAGGGACUUCAGUAAUACAGAGACCCUGUGCAGUGAGUAUAAAUACUACUGUGAGACGUGCUGUAGCAAACAAGAGGCUCAGAAACGUAUGCGUGUGAAGAAGCUGCCCAUGAUCCUGGCUCUUCAUCUGAAGCGCUUUAAGUACAUGGAGCAGCUCCAUAGGUACACUAAACUGAGCUAUCGUGUGGUCUUUCCACUGGAGCUCCGCCUCUUCAACACCUCUGGAGACGCCGUCAACCUCGACCGCAUGUACGACCUCGUCGCUGUGGUGGUCCACUGUGGCAGUGGUCCAAACAGAGGGCAUUACAUCACCAUUGUAAAGAGUCACGGCUUCUGGCUGCUGUUUGAUGAUGACAUUGUUGAGAAAAUUGAUGCACAGGCGAUAGAGGAGUUCUACGGUUUGACUUCUGACAUUUCCAAGAACUCUGAGUCGGGAUACAUCCUGUUCUAUCAGUCCAGAGAAUGAAGGAGCAGAGGGGGAACAAAUGAAGAGCAGAGGAGGAAUGCAAGAAGAGAUCAAAAGGAAGGGUAUAUGUGAAGAUGACAUCCGCUAGAUUUCCUUUUCCACAUCCCUCUCCUUUUCCUCAUCUCAUACUCAGGGUCUCCAGCUGAGACUGAGUGCCAAAAGCCCUUUGUAACCCCAUUUGCCAAUAUGACAUUUCCCAGAAGUCCCAUUCUCGCUGCACUCUGGGUAAGAAAAAAAAAACACAUCUUCAAAUCUGACCCUCAAGUCAGUCACCUGCAUCUGGAAGGCACUUUAUAAACAAAAACAACAAUAAGUAACAAAAGCAACACAACUUAAAAAAAAAUCACAACAUAUACAACUUCAAUACUUGUGAAAACUUGAAGGAAUCAAAAAGCUACAAAAGGAGCAACGAGUCCUGGUACUCUAUUAAGAGUCACUGCUUCUGUUCAUUCAGUGUCCAGGAAAGUGCCUCUCAUCCUGGGUAUCUGAAACCAGGAGGAGGGUUUCUCUCUCUCAAUCUCUGGCUUAAGGUCAGGGACCCGUUUCGGGUCACUUUAGAUGUUCCAUACUGUGAUGCCCACUCAUCAGUCGUCCUUCGUACGACUUUUACCCAGUAGUAAAUCUCACAUCCUAGUUCAGUCCUGGUCAUCGGAGGGGCUGUUUGCACUGUGUGACAGUUUGUUUUGGAUUUUGGCAUGUUGUAGGAAUGAGAUUAUGAUUCUGAGCGGUCUGUUACAUGAGUUGAGUGUAUUUGUGUGUCUCCAAUGAGUCAUGCAGCAGCCAGCUGCUGUGAAGUGACUUUGCUUUUCAUCCAGAAAUAGUUGCAGUCUUGUUACCUGGAGAGUUUUCAAAAGUUGUCCUAUUGAAUUCUUUAAAAAAAGGGCAAAAUUGCAAGGCUGAAAUGCUGCUUUCAUCUCCCUUGCAUUCUUAUCUAACACUGUUGUUACCUAACUUCCAUUGUGGGUAAUGGCCUUACAUAGACAACCUUGUAGUUCUUCUAAAAAGAUGUUGUAAGUUGGUCCUUGGUCAUUUUUGUUUAAAUCAACAUGACGUGGCAUUUCGUGUUAUUAUUACACUGAGGUGUUAGAGGAGUAGUUAACCCAAAACUGAAAAUUUGCUUACAAUUUACUCACCCUCAGGCUAUGUGGAUGAGCUUGUUUCUUCAGAAGAAGAGAUUUGAAGAAAUUUAACAGUACAUCACUUUCUCACGAAUGCAUCUCUGUAGUGAAUGCAAUGGGUGCCGUCAGAAUGAGAGUUUAAAGACCUGAUAAAAACAUCACAAGUAAUCCACACGACUCCAGUUAACGGGUUGUAAAGGCCGGACACGAUCGGCCGUCAGCUCUCGUUGGGCUGUCGGGCUAGUUUGUUUGGUGUGUUCCACGCGUCGGCUGUUGACGGCGGGAGUUUCAACAUGUUGAAGCGGGUGGUUUACUAAAAAUGUGCGAAUUAAAGAACACAGACGCAACGUCCCAUUUACAUAUCAACUAACGCAGUAUACCAAGCGCAGCGCAGAUUAGCGUAGUUACAAUACAUUGAAAAUAACCAGAGGCCAAAAAAUGAAGGUUUGCUAGAAGCUUUGAUAGAUCUGGUAUUGUGUGACUCCUAGUUGAGGGUUCCAAGUCAUCUUUUAUUUCCUGACGCUAAUUAAAAAUAACAUGGCUUGGCAGAUGAUAUGUUGGAAUAAUAUGUUCUUCUGGCAUUCCAAAUAAAUUAAUACAUGUGGAAAAAAAAUCCUCUCCCUUCUACCAGCGCUCUCUGUUUUCUGCGGUGCCAAUAAUAAUUGACCUGUCGGUAAGCCUCUCCCCUCGAACGCAGAUGAGCCAAUGGCUAUUGAGUAUUAGUUUCACAGGGAACGGAACUCGGACAUCUUUAGGCUUCAAUGCCAUUGACAAACAUUGGAAAAUCUGAAGCUUUCAUCGGUUUGGUGGUGUUUAUGCUACAAAAAUGGAAAAACAAUAUCCCUGGAGUACUUGUAACAAUGAUUCCAGGUAUCCUGAGAAUAGGCAAUGGAAUUUAUUUUAUUGCCAGAUUUACACAACAAAACCCACCCAAUUGCUACUCAAAAGUAGCCCAAUGGCGUUUCUAGGGGGGCUUCCCAUUAAAACUCGCAUCCCGGGGGGUAAAAUACAAGGUUUUUUUGGUGGGGUUCCCCUGGUAAAAUUAGCAUUCCAGGCAAUUUUAGCACCAAAAGAUGGUUUGCGCUAGCGCAAGCUGUUAGUAAAACUAGCCCAAUAUGUCCAUAAUAUUUCUUUCUCCAGUGAAAAAGGUUGUCUCAUCUGAAUCAGGAGAGAAAUAUGAACAGAUCAAGCGAUCAAGUCAAAACAGUUGUAAACAAAAAUGUGAAAUUUGAAGUCAUUAUUCAAAGCAUUAUUAUGAAAUAAGGAUUCGUGUUUUAGCUGGAAGCAACAGUUUGAGUUUAUAACGUCAUCAUAAUGAAUUUGCUUAUUACAAACAUGAAGCUUUUUGCUUCAGAAGACAUUACCUGAUAGACUGAGUCAUGUGGAUUACUUGUGGAAUUUUGUUUUUAUCAGCUGUUUGGACUCUCAUUCUGACGGCACUCAUUCACUGCAGAGGAUCCAUUCGAGAGCAAGUGAUGUAAUGCUACAUUUCUCCAAAUCUGAUGAAGAAACAAACGCAUCUACAUCUUAGAUGGCCCUAGGGUGAGCAAAUUUUCAUUUUUGGGUGAACUAUUCCUUGAAAGUCUGCAUGGAAGUCUUGAACACAGAUUUGAGAUCAGUGGUAGGAGAAACUUGAAAUCCACCAGUCUUGAGAUUAGUGCAAUGCGGUAUAGUUUAGGUUUAGGUCUUAUGGAAGUAUCUGAUAGGGCGUCGCUGUUACGAUAAGAACAUGCGCACAAUUGUUUCAACUUUGUGAUACGAGUGGCAUUUUUUUCUGAGAGGGCUUUUACUAUUUAAUAUACGUUGUACAGUCAAAAAUCUGACUUCAGAUAAAUGAGGAACUUUAUAGAAGACAGUACUGAAAACGUACUGAUAAUCCUGAUUUUUUUUUUUUUUUUUAACAUUUAAUUUUGUAUAUAAAUGGGAGAGAUAGACUUCAAAUGGUCACCGAAGGGAAACAAAAAGUGCAAUACAGGGACAAGAUGAACAUUCCAUGCUACAUUUUGCUUUAAUAAACUAAGAUUACAGAAACACUAACAACUGAUCGGUACUCCUGUUUAUUAAUAUGUAGCUUUUUUGUUUUUAUUUUAAGCAAAUACAUGAUUUAUUUAGCCUUUUUUGUCCAUUCACAGCACAUUCAGCAUAACAGUAGAGUAAGUGAUUAGAAAAAAUGAUGAAGAUGUUUUAUGUUGUUGAUUCAUCCAUUCUAGGUCUGUGGUACCUGUCUUUUCACACUCCUCAACCAACAUUAUAAUGUGUAAUUAUAUGUUAAAGCCACAGUACAUGCAAUAUAGAUGUAUGAACACUGUGUAACAACACAAUGUGAGAUUGACUAUGCAGUGUUUGUGUUUGUCCUGUUGUUUUCUGAGGCUUGACAGAUGCUGAGGGAUUAUUUGGACAGUUGUUCUUUCAUUUGCAGUUUCCCGGUGACGCCAGCAAAGUGCUGUUUUUUUUUCAAAAAGAGGAGAGUAUGUGGUUAUUUGAAUAUGUUUUAUUGGUACUAAGACUGUUUUUCUUCCAUGCUUGUUCUUUUGGUUCAUUAGUGAUCAAAAUUAAAAGAAAUGUGCCAAAAUCUGGGGGAAACUUAGAGUCCUUCGAACUGGAAAGUGAAAUAGAUAUUUCUGUCAUGAAACUGUACAUAAAUAUUAUGUAGACCUAUUGGUUUGGAAUAAAUUAUAUUUUUUAAAACACUAGAUGAUUCUAUUAAAAUUGACCUGUUAUUCGCACGGGGAAAUUCUGGUUUCAAAUGAAAACAUUUAAAGCUGACGAGUGUUUGUCAGAGAUGGUAUGAUUUCAAUCAGGUCCCUUAUGGUGACCUGGAUCGUUUUGAAGUUUCUGUAGAGUAGCCUAAACUAAAAGUACUGUAGCUGCUUAAUACUGUGGAUUGAAUCCCCACACCCACAUCUGCAUAUGGUGAGAACCUAUUAGACUGUCACUUUUCACAGUUACAUACCUUGUAUGCAAAAACACACCUGUCUGUUUUGUCCUCUUUUGAUGUGUGUAUUUUUUUAGGUCCAGAAAAGAAAUGUAUGUAAAAGAAACAGUGUGUGUGUGUGUUUGUGUGUCUGAGAGAGAAAUACCAGGACUCAAACUCUAAUGGAAAGUGUGAUAACUGUAAGUGCACUUUAUCAUAGCAGAACCAAAAAGGUUUCUCAUAGGAACUGGAAUCCUGACUGAGAUUCUUUUGGUUUAUUUUCCUUUCCUCAAUAAAUGAAACACAACUUUA